AUGAGAUGCCGGAACCGAAAGCAAAUAAUAUAUCAACACAUACGUUUCCCAAACCUGUGUUUCACGGCCAAAGAAGUUUGCGCGUACGUAAGCGACAACUCGGCACUCACCUGGUCCACCGCCUUUUUGAGUGUGCUCGAAUUAGACGGCGAUUACACGUUGCAUGAGGCGGAAUGA